CUCAUAAUAAUGGGGAAGUCCCGAAUGGCCAAUCACUGAACGACUCUCAUCAACUACUAACAGUGUUCUAUACAGGCUUGGCACAGGAGCUUCUCUAGGCUUGGCACAGGCAGGUGCUGCUCUUGACCCUAGUGCCUGUUAACCAGGAGACAGGUGCGCACCAAUGAUCAUUUCUGCUUAUGCAAGAUACAAACAAAAGGUUCCAAUGGAAGCAGAUUAAGUGAGUGUAUGCAGCUGCAUCAUACACCAUGUCAUCAUGUGUGUCCAAGAGGGCUUCUUCUGAGAGGUCCAUCCUACAAGAUGAUCAUGAAACUACAAUUCAACCUCACAUAGUCUGUAACUUUUCAACCCUGAGCAUUGACCUAGGCAUGGAAUCAGUUAUAGUAGUAACAGAAUAUGAUCCAGCUAUUACUAAGAUAGAGUCUGAGCAGAAUGGCCAGUCCAGACAUCAAGAUGGUGAAUUCCAGGAGUGGAGUGGAGUAGAGUCUGACCUGCAUAGAAUGAAUGAAAGUGAAGGCAAGAUUGAUAAACGUAAAGUGCUUCCAGUAGACCAUAAAGAUUGCAAAGGCAAACUCAGCAUGACAAAUAGAAAACUUUCCCUUCAAGAACGAUCUCAGUCUACUCCAGCAUCUAGUAAUAGCCUAGGAAUGAAUGGACAAUAUAUUUAUCCUUCACUGCCCUACUCUCCAGUAACAUCGCCACAGUCCUCUCCUCGUCUGCCACGAAAACCAACCGUAGAAUCUCACCAGGUUUCCAUCACAGGUUGUCAGGAUUGCGUCCAACUGAACCAGUACCAGUUAAGAGAUGAAAUUGGGAAGGGCUCCUAUGGGGUGGUAAAACUGGCAUAUAAUGAAGAUGAUAACAUGUACUAUGCAAUGAAGGUUCUUUCAAAGAAGAAGCUUAUGAGACAAGCAGGAUUUCCACGCCGCCCCCCUCCCAGAGGUGCCAAAACAACUACUGAUGGUGGUGUUCAGGCCAUGGGGCCCAUUGACAGAAUCUAUCAGGAAAUAGCUAUUCUGAGGAAGUUGGAUCAUCCAAAUGUUGUCAAGCUGAUUGAGGUGUUGGAUGACCCUAGCGAGGACCAUCUGUACAUGGUGUUUGAGCUGGUGAAGAGUGGACCAGUGAUGGACAUUCCAACAACCAAACCAUUAACUGAAGACCAAGCUCGCUUCUACUUCCAGGAUCUGAUUAAAGGAAUAGAAUAUUUGCAUUAUCAGAAGAUUAUACACCGUGACAUCAAGCCGUCUAACCUCUUGCUGGGAGAUGAUGGGCACAUUAAGAUCGCUGACUUUGGUGUCAGUAAUACAUUUGAAGGGAGCGAUGCCUUUCUGUCCAACACAGUGGGAACUCCUGCAUUCAUGGCUCCCGAAACCCUGUCUGAGACCUGGAAAAUAUUCUCAGGAAAGGCACUGGAUGUUUGGGCAAUGGGUGUGACUCUGCACUGUUUUGUGUUUGGUCAGUGCCCAUUUAUGGAUGAAACGAUUCUAACCCUACACAGCAAAAUAAAGAAUCAGCCGCUGGAGUUUCCUGACCAGCAUGACAUCUCAGAAGAUCUAAAAGACCUUAUGUUACACAUGCUUGAUAAGAAUACAGAAUCUAGGAUUUCUGUCCCCGAAUUAAAGCUUCACCCAUGGGUUACCAAGCAUGGACUGGAGCCACUGCCAACAGAGGAUGAGAACUGCACACUGGUGGAAGUGACAGAGGAAGAGGUGGAGAAUUCAGUCAAGCACAUCCCAAGCUUGGCCACCGUGAUCUUGGUAAAAUCAAUGCUUCGGAAUCGCUCUUUUGGGAAUCCAUUUGAGGGGAGCAGGAAAGAAGAAAGAUCCAUGUCCUCUCCAGGAAAUCUGCUAAUGAAACAAGGAAGUGAGGAGAGUUUGCAAGAGAGCGAUUUACAGGAAGUAGAAGAAGAUGACGUUUUAUCUUGAGUCCUGCAGCACUAAAGGUGUUGUGCUUCACUGUUCACCCUACAAAACACCUGCUGCUCGAAAAGACCUCUGUGUGGGAACAUACCAUGUGUAAGCCGUGCAUGCUGCUACCGAUCAGUUCUGAAUGAAGACCUUAUGUUAUCGCAUGCGCUGAAGACUGUAACGUCCUGCCUUUGGAAGUAAAAUCUAUUGUUGAGUCGUUUCACGUACUGGUAACUUUGUCAUGGGCUUGCUCUUCCAGAGUCUCCUCGAUACUGAUCCAGAGAAGGUGCUUAUUUUGUAUGUUGCAAAAAAACAAAACAAAUUAAGUGGCUUGUAGCAAAUGUCUUAAUGCCAAAUAACACAAUCACAGCUGCACUAAGGAAAAGGGGGAUGAAUCAUUUUAUAGAAAAAUUUGUGGUUGAUCUGAUUUGCAAUGUGCUGCUCAUUACUUACUGGCUAUGAAGUGCUUACAGGAAACAACAUCAUUUGAUGCAAGAAAGAUCCAGAUUAUGAUCAGUCCAUUAUCUAUAAGACAGUUCUGGUAUGUUGAAAGAUUGGCUUUUACAUUGCUGAUAUCCCUGUCUUAUUAUGCUUCACAUUAGAGCUGCAUUAACAUGAGCAAGUGAAGGUGGCUUCUAAUAGAUUAGGGAAAAAGAGAGAGAUAUAUUAGGAAAUAUCAGAAUUAUCAGCAUUCCAGUUGUAGGCGCAUAGGCAUAAUGCAAGACCCUCAGACAGGUGGAUUCUACCAGGAGCCCAAAAUGCAUGGGAAAUACCAUUGCUUUCUAAGAAAGUUGCUACUAACAGUGAAUUGGAGUGUAAUUGAUCUGGUCAUAAAUUGUGCCAAUUGACAUACAGUAGAUAGAUCUAUUUAUACAAUAUAUUUUGUGUAGUAACAAUGUUAGAGGGUGUUAGGGCUUUACUUUUUGACAUAGCAUAAUAGGGAAAUAUAGAUUUUAUUGAUGGGCUGUCAGAAAAUGGAGCAGAUCUGUGUGUCCCAGUUCAUUUUUGUAUAUUUGUUUAAAUUUGUAUCAGUUCCAUAUUAUUCAUACACCAUAUGUAUUAAAAGGUACCUCUUUGUCUAGAUGCAGUAACCCAUAGCAACCAGUUUGCUUUUAGGUGGCCAAUAAAUGCCACCUGCUGAUUGGAUACAAAUCUAUUGUGUUUUAUUUCAUAAAUUACCUAUUACGCUUCAUUCAGAAAGAGUGAAACAAUGACCAUGUGGCUUGGUCCGCAAGUAAACGUCAAUGCCUUGGAACAUAGGAUACUGGAUCUUCAGCUCUUACCGUCGGAGGAAGAUUUAGGCAAUUAGAUCUGGGCUAUUUGCUUACAAGUCAGAAUGGGAAGUAUAAAUAUGCCUGCACAGGACAUUAGCAGCACGGCAACAAGAAAUAGAAUCGCCUUUUGCUAUUCACUGAAGCAAUUGUUUCUGUAAUGUUAUAUUUGGAUUACUCCUUGCCUGCAGAGCUUGGAAAUAGACAAGUAUUAACUUUCAUUAACUGCAGGCCAUAUACUCUGUAGAAUAAGAGACAAGUUGUCUCCCAAUUUAAUGAGCAUUAAAAAGUCACUAAAAGCCACAUGGCUUUGGGUGCAGUUUAUCCAAAAUCAGUUUGAUCCCCCAGGUAUAUUUCUACUGCUUGUUGGACUGAUUUCUUUCAGGAAAUGUACUUGUUACCACUUGAUAUUGCUAUUCUACUAAAAAUAGGGCACUCAUUAGCAUAGUUACGUAUAUACUUCAACAUUCAAGUUAGAUUUCUCAAAAUGUGAGUGAUGUGUUUUUCUGUGCUAAACUCUAAUCUCACAUUUUGAGAAAUCUACCACUCAAAGAAGGAUGGUUCUCUUCAUGGGACACACUCAUACAUUAUUAGUAAGUGACAUCAUUCCUUUAAUGUUUCCCUGUGCUGCAGUGGAGUGGUGAUAUCAAUAAAUUAUUUAGGUCUUCCAAAAAGCUAAUCCUUCUUCUUGCCCAGGCUGAUAGAGAAAAUUGUAUGAAUGGGUACUAGACCGUUGCACAGGGUGAGACUGUUGAUCAACCAUUUUUAUUCAACCAUUAACCUAUACAGCAUUGCCACUGUUUUCAUCCAAUUGUUAUGAGAGUGGUUCUCCAAUGGGCACUAGGGGGUACAGCCUGACACUGCUGUUGCCCAAAUCCCAGGCAUUAGGUGCCAUUACAUAGGGCAGGAUCUUAGUACAGGAAGGCAAUAUUAACACUAAAUGUGAAAACAUUUAUGUAACACAUACUAGUUUGUGGUAAAAGAUUAUAUAUUAUUCAGUCAUACUGAGACUAGCCAGUUAGCUAAAAGCACCCCUGUGUUCUUACAUCAUUUAGUGUUUGUACAGAAUGCAUUUUUUUUCAGUCUGGCUUAAUACUGAUUUUUUUAAAUCCAGUCAGCACCUGUAGCAAAGAAACUGAGAAAAGGUGCUGCGAAGUGGAGUCCAGUUCCUUUUUGUAUUUGGUACUGAUUCAUGAUUCUGUUGGGCCUCAGUAUUUCAAAUAGCUAACAAUGAUAUUAGCCUCUACCAGAAUAUUCCAGCAUUGCAGAGCCAAAUAUUUUAUAAAAUAUAUAAAAAGACAAUUGCCAUCUACAAGCUAUUUACAGUAUAAAAGAUGUUGUGUUGCUGGGCUACAUACAAAACAAGAGACCACACGAACACAGCAGUAUGUUUUGUAUAUUUAUAGAGACAUAUGUACUGUUAAGACUAUUAUGUAAGUGCUAUCACUUUUUUUUUAUUCCAAACCUGUAGUUACAGCUCCUCCCUCUAAUAAAGGCCUAAUGUCUGGCUUUGUUAGGGUGUUGUAUACUGUACACUACAGACCAGUACCGUUGUGAUCUGAUUGUAUUUAAUCUAUCUCAUCAGAUAGUAGUUGCACACAAUAAUGCAGAUAAUGUAAGGGUAUUCACUUUGGAAAGAGUUGUUUGACCCAGUAAAGCUAGAUGGGCAAUCACCUUUAUGCCAACAAAGAAAAGGAGGCCAAACUCGUAGAAGCUGAUAAUAAUGGUUUUUAUCUGGUGUAGCUCACUCUGAUGAGGGGCCAACACAGCGUCUGAUGAGCGGGAGCUGGUAAGCCAUGUUGGCCAUCUAACCCUAUAGACCAGUCUUGGCAGUCAUGGUUUGCUCAGAAAUAAGCUAGUUGAAACCUUCCCAUUGGGGCUUUGAAGUACAACCAUAAGGAGCCCAUCAAGCAUUUUUCAAAUAACGUUUAUGUGCUGAAUAUAGAUGGUGAGGAAAAAUGUCUGUCUAGCCUUUAGAGUUAAUGUGGCCAUAGAUGUAACAAUUAUGAACUUUCUUGGCCGACCGAUAUCCAAGUCUUCUGCCGAUAUCGGUCGACUCAUUUCCCACCAUACACACACCGAAUAUCGUACGAAAUUUAGUUUCUUACGAUAAUAUCUGUGCGUCUAUGGCCACCUUUAGUCUACGAUUACAAGUUAUACUGCCAGACCACCUUUCUUAAAAACAUUAAUAUGUCUAUAUUUAUAUUUCUUUCAUAUUUAUUACAACAGGUACUGUUAAGCCUUGGUCUUUUUGACGAAACAUAAUCUUUAAGUAGAAUGCAUGAUUGAUUUUACAUUUUUAAGGAAUGCUAUAAUAAAACGUGUUUUCUGUGCUUCCUGUUGUGAAAUAACAACCCCCCUCUUUAAUCCUCACUUUCUCACUUGAAACUUCCCCCCCCCC